GAACGGUGGAAAUCAACCCGCGACACUUGCGUACGCCCGCGCAAGUUCGGAAAACAAUAAUGAAAGUUGGCAGACAAUAAAAAUAACACUAAAGUACGGCACAAACCCGUUCGAUGGGUGUACUCAACAGAUCUUCCGAGUUCGGUUGGUCGCGGAUCAUAAACUGGUCGCUGGUAGAGUCUGAUGAUGACUUCAAGGCGCGAAACGAGGUACCGACGAUCGACGUGAACGAGAUCCCGAUCGUAGAUACCAUGCUGGCGCCGGAGUACUUUGGCAACUACUUCGACGUGGUGGCUGCCCAUACGGAAACUAGUGAUAUCCAAAAAACUCUUUUUGAAAUUAAGACUAACAGUGCUACCCUAGUCAUGAAUGCUUCGUUGAACACAACUGAGUCACCGUUUAUUCCAGAACUUAUGUACAGACAUUCCCUCGCUAUGACUGUUGUUUAUUGCAUCGCAUAUUUUAUUGUGUUCGCUAUUGGAAUUGUUGGAAAUUUCUUCGUUAUAGCUGUGGUUUUUAGAUCGCCUCGUAUGCGAACCGUAACGAACUUCUUCAUUGUUAAUUUAGCUGUUGCUGAUAUUCUUGUUAUCGUGUUCUGCUUGCCAGCUACACUGAUGUCCAACAUUUUUGUUCGUAAGUUCAGUUUUUGUUCAUUAGAAGAUCAGCUUCGCUUCCACAAUGUAAUUGCAGAUAAAUACAUACCAGAAAAUGUAGUAGGUUGA